AUGUUUGACAUUUUUGCAACAUGGAGUUGGUAAUGUUACUCAUUGUGCAUCUUACACUAUUGUCAACCCCAUGUACCUCUAAAGCUAAACCAUCAAAUGGUUUUAGUGUUGAUAUUUUCCAUCGUGACUCACCUUUGUCACCCUUCUACGACCCUUCACUGAACCACACUAAGAUAGUUUUACGUGCCGCCAUGCGCUCAAUUUCUCGUUCCUACAACCUUGACAAAGUUGAAACUAAAAUAAUUACAAACAAUGGAGAAUACCUCAUGAGAGUGUUCAUAGGUACCCCACCAGAGGAGUCAUUUUUAGAUGUAGACACAGGCAGUGGUCUGAUAUGGAUACAAUGCCAACCUUGUGCCAAAUGUUUCCAACAAGUCACACCCAUUUUUGAUACAAUGAAAUCCUCAACUUACGAAAAAUUACCUUGUAGCUCUCUUCCUUGUCGCAUGUUGCCCUCCGCUUACUGUGUAGGAUCAGGGGAUUGCAGUUACAAGAUCAGUUAUGGAGACGGGAGUUUCUCAAUUGGAGAAAUAGGUUCAGAUGUCAUCAGCUUUGGUCCCGAUGACAAGAACUUGCUAGUAAGUUUUCAAAGCACCGUAUUCGGAUGUGGAUACAACAACAGUUGGUUCCCAGACCGAACAGUCCAAAGCACCACAGGCAUAGCUGGUCUUGGAAAUUCACCUUACUCGUUAGUUUCACAAGUAAGUCCCAAAGUUGGUCGCAUAUUCUCCUACUGUUUACUUCCCUUUUGGUCACAAUCUUCUGGGAAACUCAGAUUCAGCUUCGAAUCAACACAAUCAGGAACAGAAGUUUUCACAAUCCCUAUGUUCUCAAAACCUGACCAUCCCUUUUACUAUGUCACGCUUAAUGCUAUAUCCGUCGACAAAACCAACGUCACAAUCGGAGAUCACCUUAAAAUUGACAUGAUUGUUGAUUCUGGAUCUUCGUUCACAAGUAUUCCAUCGGAAACGUUCAAUAGUCUUUAUGACGAGAUCACUGAUUCUAGAGAAUAUAAGCCACUAGCUAAUCCACCUCCACCAUUCAAGUUGUGUUAUGAGGGUUUAACAAGUCUCGAUUUGCCUAGUAUUACGUUCAAUUUUUCUGGGGGUGCCUUUCCUUUGCCUUCGAGUAAUAAUGCGUAUAUAUCGUUGGACAAACUUGUUUGCUUGGCGAUCUUACCUACGGAGGAUACUUUCUCCAUUCUUGGCAGCAUUUCACAAGUGAACCAUAAGGUAGAGUAUGAUCUUGAUAAGAAAACCAUUUCUUUUGCUCAAACCGAUUGUUCAUUGGCGUAGAAAUUCAAGGAGGAAUUGAGAAAGCAAUCUCCUCGUAGUUAAUUAUUCAAAUAUUUUUUCUUCUUUUACCAAUUAACAUGUUUCAAUGUCAUCUUGUUCAUUAUCUAAUAAUAUUGGAACACAUAUAUAUUAUAUUAUUUCA